CUCAAUCACAUUGCCAUGUGCGCACUGCUUUUGUUACAAAAUCGCAUUCAGGCAUACAGAUGGUAGUCCAAGCAUGCAUACACACAGGCAGUCACGGGAAAGGAGGAAAAACGACUCGAUCCAUUCCCACAACCACACCAUACCACACUACACCAGACAGGCCCCUGCAGCAAAAAGUAGUAGCCAUACUGAGGUGACUCAGGCACAGACACAUCCAUUCUCAUCGUGACCAAAAACGAGCUAGCGAGUUACUACUGAGUUACUGCGAACGAUUCCUCUCACUGUGCUCACUGACGGCUAUCUCGGCAAUCUUGUCAAAAUCUUUGUGCGGCACAUCUGCCAGAUCGAAUGCGCGGUCCCUGUUCUUUCUGACUACAUGGUCAUACACACUCCCGUAUGGCCACGCCUUCUUGAUGUCCUUCAUGACGGGGUGCGGGAUGCCCGGCUGGUUCUCCUUUGGCGCCGAAGGGGCCGUCCAUACCGUGACGAACCACACAGGGAUGGAGAUGUAGGGGCACUGAGCCACCGACUCGAUGUCGGACGCACCGUCAACCAGACCAAGGACGUCUGCAUGUGUCGCGAAACCUGACACAUGCACACGCUGAGUACUCACACGAUUCCCUUUGUGUGUUUGCUGAGUACGAGUACCUGAGAGGAUGGCCUGUGAGAACGCCUCGAUCUCUGUGCGAGGCGAGUUGUCCCGGCAGAUGACCAUGCCCAUCAAAUUGUUGGGAUUGUCGGUCAAAAUCUCCAGCUGGAUACCCUUCUUCAAGAAGGCCUCCGUGAGGUACGGCUUCAGCGCCCCGAGAAACGCCUGCUGAGCUCCACUCUGCACAAACCACGCACACACGGACGUGAAGGUGCGUGCAUACGCGUGCGUGAGUGCACUGACCGUCUUGUAGGCUCCGUUUGAGUAAUGCAGCCCCAAUCGGCACACUUGAGCCCCCCGAGGCUUUGGCGGUGUCACCGUCUUACGCUUCUCGUGAGAUGGUGCUGUUGACGUCCCGAUCUGCAGCCGCACUUCACUCGUCGGCGUCUCGGUCUCCCUCGUCCGGGGCGUCAAUGAGCCCUGCGAUGAUGACGAUGUCGUAACGCUCUCCUCUUGGGCCUGCACAGACACACACACACACACACGCACACGCACACGCACACGCACACACAUGCACACACAUGGCACCGUGGAGGCAUUUUUGUGUCGCUUGCUAACCUCAGCCACUUCCAGCUGGGAUGCAACCUCAGUUGGAGGAGGGGUGAAGGCCCAGUUCUCAGGCACCGCACUCGAGAUCCUGGGGUCGCCGAGGAAGUCGAUGAUGUCGAUUCUGGGCAUCGUUUGCCUCCCCUCCAGACGGAUGUACUGCCCGACGGCGCCAUCGACGUAGUGCUCACGGUUCGGCUUGUCCGUAUACUCCCAAUCUGGCCCUCGCUUGUACUUGUACUGCAGAACACCAUCCUUGCGCAGGGUGACCUGGAUCUCCUUCUGAUACAUGACGCCCCUGGGGCAAGCACAACAGAGAGACGUACAGGAAGCUUCAAAUUAUGCCGCCGCAUCACUCACUUACUUGAGGCAGCAUCUUUCGUCCUUCUCAUUGAAGGUCGCCUCCGGCCUUGGUGCCUCAUCCCAGUGGCCUGAGCGCACACACAGAAAGGUACGAUUUCCCCUCCUCAUACGCUAAGCUCGCUUACCGAUCUCUGGGCAGUUGCCGUGCACACUCAACGGGAAAGUGGUGCUGGGCUUCUCUCCCACAGGCAGGAAGACUCUGAACCUCAACGUCACUUUGUUGGUCUUUGGCGUCCAACUUGAAGGCAUGAUAGCAGGUAGCAAAUUGCCCAUGUUUGCGUCGUUUCCUCUCUUUUGCGCACUUCCACGCGUCAUAUGGCUGGUGCCAUGGGCAGCCUACUAUCA